AUGGUUGUGGGCCUCGCGACUCCCUCUGGGCGCUUCUCACGGCGCCCCGGGGGCGGAGGGGAUGCAACCGCUAGAGAAGGAGCGAGGAGAUAUUCUACCUGCAGGAGGAAGGGUUGGGUUGUUGGGCGGCAGCAGGCGUUGCCCGCCAGGCGUUUGUCUCUAUGUCGAGCCGAGGGAUUUGCGACGAGGGUCUACGUCCUCUCGGACCUGCACACCGACUACGAGGAGAACAUGGCGUGGGUCAACUGCCUCUCGACGGAAUAUUAUGCGAAUACAGUCCUCCUCGUCGCCGGCGACGUUGCGGAGACGUAUAAGAAUUUCGUGACCACGAUGAAAAUGUUGAAGGACAGGUUCCGCAGCGUCUUCUUCGUGCCGGGAAACCACGACCUUUGGUGCCGCCGGGAAGGCGGGUCCUUCGUAAGUCAUCUUCGUCGCGCGUUUCACCUCCCUUUGUUCUCCUGAUUACCGAGUUUUGAUGACGAGAGAUGGGUGUGGGAGAUUUCAGCGAUAAUCCUCUAGAGAAAGCGAUCGAUUCAUUCGUUUCUCUACGAAUUCUGUGGAGGAGCUAAUGAGGGUGGAAAGCUUGGUAGUAGAUACCAUAAAUGUUUCAUUCCUCCAUUUCAGCUACAUUCUCUGGAGAAGCUGAACGCAUUGCUUGAUGUGUGUAGAGACCUUGGAGUUGAGACAGGCCCGGGAAUCGUGGAUGGUGUGGGGAUUGUGCCUCUAUAUUCAUGGUACCACGAGGUGAUUGAUUUGUGAUUAUGGCACCUACGAUCUGUUCGCAUGUUGUUAAAGAGGAGUCGGUCUGAUCAGACUCCUCACCCCUUUUCUGAUUUUUUUUUUUUUUUUUUUUGCAGAGCUUUGACAAGGAAAAGGAUAUAUCUGGCUUCCGGAUUCCUUCCCUAGACACUGUAAUUCCCUUCCUUUUCUUUGCUGUAUUUCUAUUAUUUUUUGAGACAAUUAUAUAGACUUACUUAUAUUUGCUUUAAAAUGGGUUCUGAUUUAUUUUUUGUACUUUACAGAAUGAUAGUGUUACACAUAUUUACACAUUUUUUGCGUUUUAUGUCACGUAAACAAGUGCCAUCGAUUCCAUCAUGAUUCCCUUGUUUGAUAGAUCGUCAAAUUUUUCUAGCAUAGGAGUUAGUUGACCAUCCUUUGGUGGAGAAGAGGUUGCAAAGUGGAGUGUGGGUUGACUCCCGGGAAGCUUUGAGGAUGAGCAUAUCAUGGCAUUCCCUUUCCACUUCAGGAACCAGAUAUGAUCCGCAUAAAUGGCAGCAACUUUUCGGAUGAAGUAUUGGGGAACUGAUCGUUUAUAUACCUCUUCCAUCUCUGUUGACUUUCCUGUUUUAUUCUAAAAAGAAAAAGUCAAAUCCCGUAAGACUCAUAAUUUCCUCUUAAAGUUCUGUGUUUUUGUCAAGAUCAGCUCUGCCUGGUGAACUACGGAUACUGCUAGAGUUUGAUCCUACAUGGAUAUUUGAGUUGACUUCUGGUGGUCUUUAGCUGCAAAUUAUGUAAUUAGUUCUACUUCCGGUGCGCAUGUGGAUGAUCCAUGGUUCUAAGUUUGGAAUUCUCUUAUGCAUAUUUAUUGCUAUAUUUCAGGUGAAAUAUGCAAUAAAAUAAAUCAUUUUAUUUAUUUAUUUAUUUUCCUCAUGUAGGUGUGCAAAGACUUUCAUGCAUGCAAGUGGCCUCAUGAAUUAUCCCCCAGAGAUACUUCUCUUGCACAAUAUUUUGAUUCUAUGAACGAUAAUAAUUGCAAUUCAGUCCAGGAAAUCCAAGAAAAAAGCCUCCCAAUAAUAACUUUCUCCCACUAUGUUCCCAGGUGCGUCAUUUUCUCCUCUGGAAAGUGAUCUCCAGCUUUCUUCCUAUACAAAUUCCGUUUACUAUACGUUUUUUGCACGUUUUUUUUCCAUUAUAAGCCUAUCAUCUUACCAGAUUACAUGGUCUCUUGCUCUUCUUCUAGACAAGAACUUUGCCCGGAGAAGAGGAUGCUCUUCUAUCCGAAUCUCCCCAAGAUCAUAGGCUCUGAUCUUCUGGAGACUCGCUUGAGGUCGAUCCAUGGUGUUCGUGGGAAGCCUUCUUCCUGUCAUGUCUUUGGCCACACCCAUUUCUGCUGGGAUGCCGAAGUGGACGGAAUCAGGUGAGCCCUGACACAUCCUUCCCUCUGUGUCUGUCUGUGUGUAGUUACUCUAACUCCUUGAUGUAGGUACGUCCAGGCGCCCUUGUCCUACCCUAGAGAGAGGAGGAGAAGGAUGAAUGGCGGCACGGAUUGGUUGCCAUUCUGCAUCUACCACGGAGGGCUGACCGACAGGCUGACGCCGUGCUGGUGGUCUGACUACUACAGCUCAAACAAAAGAGAUCCAGACAACGUUGACCUGGCGCCGUGGGUCGCUAAAUUUUACAAGCAGCAGCGCUGA